AUGACGCUCUCGCUUUCGUGGGUGUCGAGGUUCAAAGGUCGACACGGCAUUAAGUCUUACCGACUGCAUGGCGAGGCGGCCUCAGUCGAGCUAGAGACCCUUCACCAUCGGCGCCAGGAACUCAGGAUCCUUCUCGACGGCUACGUGGCGUGCGAUGUUUUCAAUACGGAUCUAACCGGUAAUUUUCAUUGCAUGAUGCCUUCGCGGGCUCUGGCAACGACGCCUUUGAGUGGCAAGAAGAAAGAUAAGUCGCGCAUCUCGAUAGGUCUAUGCUCCAAUAUGGACGGGACUGAGAAACUGGACCUUAUCGUGAUCAACAAGUCCCUCAACCCCCGUUGCUUUAAAGCCAUCGACGUUUCCAAGCUACCCGUCCACUUCCAUGCAAAUGCAAAGGCAUGGAUGACUGGCGGCAUCUUUGCAACUUGGUUGAAAGCGUUCAAUCUCAAAAUGAGUGGGCGAAAAGCUCUUCUGCUGCUCGACAACGCGACCUCACAAGUCAAUUUGGAGCUCUCAAACGUACAUAUUAACUUCCUUUCGCCAAAGACCACCUCCCAAUUGCAGCCGAUGGACGCGGGCAUCAUUCGCACUUUCAUGCUUAAGUACAAGGCCCAAUUCGUGCAGUGGCUACUGGAGAUGGUGGCGGCAGGGACGGAGGACAAGAAGCUCGACGUUAAUAGCGCAAUCCGUAUGGUGGUAAAAUCGUGGGCUGAGGUGCGCCCUGAAGCGAUUCGACACUGUUGGAUCCAUACAGGAAUCUUGUCGGUAGUUAUGGCGGCAGUGCUCCAUAGGCAAGACGAGCCGGUCCGUCCCAAUAAUCUCUUAAUCCUGGCUAAUCUAAUCGACAAACUAUCCUUAUCUGAUGGAAUGGAUGCAGACGACUAUGUGGAGUGUGACAACAACCUGAAAGAAUGA